GUGGACUUCGCUAACGAGUAAUUCAAAUACAAUUGGUUUUCGCGAGAGUCGGUGUAAGUAAGGAGGAGUGUAAGAAGGAAGUGGUUGGAGAGUCCAGUCGAGUCGGUGGUGGAUGGUAGCGUCGGAGCGCGUCAUCUCCUGCGUGGUCCACGGGAAUCAAUAAAUCGGCGGUUUCGCAGCAUCCGUUCACUCCAGGCAACCAGCAGACUAUAAUAUCGUAUCAUCGUAGUAGACGGUGGACGGAGGGAGAGUAGUUGCGACGUCGGAGCCGGACUGAACCGCAGUCGCCGAAGAUUGUUUCACGCGUGUGCACAACAGGGAAGAGAGAUAGGAAGUGGCCAGGAGAGGAGAAGAGAAGAGAGCAGAAGACCUGCUCCACCUUUCUACCUUCGGGUUGGACGAAGAGAGCGACAAGUUUUUUCUUUUCUUUUUCACUUGAUCAUCGCAAAUCAACCCCCGCAUUGGAGGAGAUUUAUAUUUAUUUUUGAAUCCAUACACACACACAGACAAACUCAUUCGUUCGCGUCGCUUUUUUUUUUCUAUACCCGUUGCGAUUUUUUGGCAUGAACAUGGAAUUUUGGAGUCGGAAAACCGCGGUCCGUCAGGAUGGACGUCGCUGAAACGGCUUCGAACGCCGAAGUAAAACACAAUCCGCCCGUGCCUAUCAAAACCUACCAGUGGGAGGACGUGAGGCGGGCCCGAAUAAAAGGAGGAUACCCGUGGACGUACAUCGAUAAAGAUCCUUUUGAUGAGAACGCGAAGAUGGAGGAGAAGAAGAAACCCCAGGAGGACAAGCUGAUGGUCGGCUCGACCAGCUCGAUCGACGUCAGCGUCUCCCAAUACUUGGACAAGGACGUCCACCCAUCGCAGAGCAGAGAGGAGGAACCCAGCAUAUCGGCAUCUCCGGAGCAGAUGGAAAGCAAACGCGCCAAAUCCGAAGAACCGGGAAGGAAGAGGAAACUCUCGAUCGACAGCAGCUACAGCCGCGUCUCCAAAUACAGCCUAUCCAAGUUGGGCUUUCUCAAACGCCUGAAAGAAACCAAAAUCAAACUACCCAAAUUCAGCUUCUCCAAAUCGGACAGCAGGCUCAACAAAAAAUCGAAACCGAUCGAAGCCGAAGUUGCAAAGCCGCAAGAGAAAAUAGAGAAACCGAGGAAGAACGAAGGACCCAUGUACAUACACAUCCCCUUGAAACCGCCGCCAGGCGAAACCGACGAAUUUUCUCAUUUGGAAUUCGACGAUCAGAAGAACAAACCGAUCAUCGCCCCAAUCAAAGAGGAAACCAAAGAGGAAGCAACUGAACAACAGGAAACACCCGAGACUCCAAUAGAUCCAACCUCGCCGGUCCAGUUCAUCAUCUUGACCGCUCCUUCUGAUGACGAAAUCCUGGACGACACCCCAAUCCCAGAAACCCCAUCGGAAACGGAUAAAAAAUUCUUCGACAACAAGCGAAUCGACGAGUUGAAAACCAUCGCCAGGGAUGUCGUGGACAGAUACUCGCCGGAAACCAAACGAAGGAGCAUCACCAAUAAGGAAGGAGUCAUCAUCGAAGAAAUCGAAGACGAACUCGAUUUGAAAGACGAAGAACCUAACCAGGAAAUAAUCGAGGAAAUCAAAGAAGAAUUACCCGUGGUCGAAGUAAAAGAAAAAUCAGAAGUUGAAAUUGUCGAAGUGGUGGAAGAAGUUAAAAGCGUUGUAGCAGAUGAUCCGAUGGAAACUGAGGAAAUCGAAAUUAAAGAACCGAUCAAGAAGAAGAAAAAGGGCAAAAAGGAGAAGGCACCUAAAUUGAAAAUUCCAGAAUCGCGGAAAACUGACGAUGAUAAAUUGAAGGAACAAGACGAUAUUAAAAGGGCAGUGAACAUUAAUGAUGACGCAAAAGUGAAAGAAACUCUAGAAAUGGACGUUGCCAAGCAAGUGAAUGAGGAUGUGCAACAAGUCACUAAUAUUAGCGAAGCUGAGAAACCAAUCGACGUUAUUAAUAACCAAGUGAGCGAAGAUAUUAAACUCGUUAAGAAAAAUAAGGAUGAUGAACCAAUGGACGUUCCCAAAAACCAAAUAACAGAAGUCGCCGAAAAACAGGAUGAUGUCACCUUAAAACAACAAGAUAAAAUAAUCGUAGAGGAUAAACCAAUGCAAGUGGAGACAAUUGUUGAACAAGAUAAAAAUAACAUGGAAGAGGAGGAAAUUAAAGUGAAUCAACAAGAUAAGAUUAUCAUAGAAGAUAAACCAAUGGAAGUGAAUGAAGCUGUUAAAUUAGAUGAACAGCAUAACGUAGAUAAACGUAAUACGCAAAUGGAAGACGUUAAGCUCGAGUUAAAAGAAGUGAAGACAGCUGAAGAUACUAGCGAGAAAAGUGCAGAAGAAAUUAAACCUAUAAUUAUAAAGAGUAUUUUAAAGGAUGAUAAAUCUGCGAAAGUAACGAAUAAACAGAAGGAAGAAACUGUGAAAAAAGUUGAUGAUAAAUCUGCUGGUAAAGCAAAUAAGAAAGAACCUUUAUUUUCACGUUUGAAAGGAAAGUUUACCAAAACUAAAGUUGAAGAGGUUAAAGCUCCGGUCAAAACUCCGGUAGUGGUGGCCAAGCAAAGUGAACGAAACAAGGAUACACGUGAAUCUUACAGGAUCCCACUACAUUCUGAAGAGUCGAUGGAUAGAGAGAGCUUAGACCUGCGCUUGAAGGAAGAUAUCAUUAGUGAUCAACCAAUUGACAUAAUUGCUACACCAAAUUUAGAAGAUGUUACACAAAAAGAAACUCUCGUAGAAGAAGAGAAACCUAUCGAUGUUAUCGAUGAAAAGCGAAGUGAGGUUGAUGACAAAACUACCUUAAAAGAAGAACCAAUCGAUGAUAUGAUUAUGCAAGAUGAUACAAAUAUUAAAGCUGUUGAUGAGGUGAAUGUUGAAGAGGAAGUUAAACCUAUUAAUGUAAGCAUUGAGAAGGAAGUGAUUCCAGUUGUUGAAAAAGAACGUAUUAAGGAUGAAAUUAAAAUGUCAGUGGAUGAAGAAGAUGGAUUGAAAACGGAAUCAACUGUAGUUGAGGUACUAGCCGAGAUAAUUAAGGAGGAUGUGACAGAGCUAAAGAAGUUAUCUCCAAUUCUCAAGAAACGAGUAUCCUUCAAGCGGAGAUCCAAAGAAGAAAAGGAAGGUAUUUACGAGGACGUGCUGAUUGCUGGGGACAACGCGAACAUAAGCCAAUCCAUGUCCGUUGAUGAAGAGAAGACUUAUCUAGAUGGAAAGAUCAUGAAAGAUACGUCUCUUGAGGAGGAUUACGACAAAUGGUCCAAAGUAAACGACCAUGAAUACGAGCCCAUCAAUCCACCAGAAGAGGUGCUACACCGCACGACGAAGGCGUCCACUCCGGUCACAGAUAGUGACAUUGAAUUCCUCGCAGCGAGGGCUGCUGACAUCGAGAUGAGGACGACGGGAAUCAUCACCGUGCAGGAUCAACAAUCCAAGGGGGUGGACGCUAUUUUCGUGCCACUCUCAUCGGCACUGAAGGAACCGGAAGUGGAGGAGAAGAAGGAACUGCCGGCGGAGGGACACGGAAAGAAGUUCCAAGAAGCGAUCAAACAUCAAGCUACGAAUCUGAGGAGGCAAGCGAGCAUCCUUGGAGAGAAAGCAAGCAGUCAAGCGGAAAAGAUACACACGCGAGUCAAGUCGAUCAAGAGACCGAAAAUGGAUAAGCCGAAGUUCAAGAAACCCAAUUUGCCCACACUGAAGAUCAGCAAACCGAACAUGCCGAAGUUCAACAGGCCGAAGAUGCCGGAAUUCAAGAGACCCCAGUUCAAGAAACCAUCGAUGCCUCAUUUCAAGAAACCGAAUCUACCGCAUAUCAAGAAACCCAACAUCAGCUUCACACUGCCCAAAAGGAAGGAGGGUGGCGGCGGCGGCACCGCGCACACUAGCCGACAAUACUCGACGGAAUCGAACUACGGUGAUUCCAAAAGAAACAUAUUCGACUUUAGCACCUAUCCGAGGUUAUUCAAGAAAAAGAAGGAGCAGGACGAAGAAGAGGUGCAGACGCCUAGGAACGGAACGGACAUAACUCCUGAUUCGGAGCGAUCCACUUUGCCUAGUUUCUCGCGAUGGAAAGGGAAGUUUACCAAGGCCAAAGUGGAGGACGUUCCGGUACAAUCCAGCACUUCGGUGGUGUCUAAAGAAAGCGAACGCAGCACAGAUACACGCGAUUCCUACAGAAUCCCGCUCCACUCCGAUGAGUCGAUGGACAGGGAAAGCCUGGACCUUCGCUCAAAGGAAGCGCGCGAAAGCAUUGAGCGAUCACGCCGCGAGGAUUCGCUGGAAAGACGAAUGGCUCUGGAUAAGAUCGAAGCGGAGAACAGGUACCGAGAUGAAAUGGAACUCGAAAGCGAUUACAUCAAAGAAAACCAGGAGAUUCAACGCGCCAGCUCCAUGAACGAGAAAUUGAACGAACGCUGGAGUCGCGGCACUUUCCAGCCGCAGAUCACCGAUUUGGAUGCACCACAAGAACUGCCGCCGCAAGAGUCCAGUAGCUCGGGUGAUCUGCCUAGACGUGGCGUCUUGGAAGAAAUCAACUCCGAUGAAUUCUUCUUAAGGCAGAAAGGUAUUUCCGAGGACAACAUGGAGGUGGUAGCUUACCUGAGUUCAGAAAUACGAGAAGCCUUCCGCACACCCAGCAACGCGUUGAACCAAAUGGAAGACAACAUCCGAUCAUCGAAUCAUUCUCUUCCCGAAGCCCCGAAGAGGCGACCCAUGAAGAAACCCAAACGCAAGAAGACUCCGCACGUAUCACAAGAAGCCAUCCAUUACGAUCAAGAUUCGAUAAACACUGAGCCGGAAGAGUAUCCGAAGGAAUACUAUCCUGAAGAUGAACCGGAACCGGAAAGACCGAGAAGACGUAACAAGAAAAACGAUGACGUCGACUUGGAUGGUCUCGAGGACCAAAUCAUAAGGCAACUCAAUCGCGAAAUAUCCGAUGAAAAUAUUCUAUACGAAAACGAACACAUGCAAGGAAUAGAGCAACCGGGCAUAGUCGUGUCCGAUCCUUACCAGGAAGCGUUCUUCCACGUCAAUCCAUCAGCUCCACCAAGAAAACACAAAAGUCUCAAGAGCCUCAACGAUUCCAUCAACGAAGAGAACAUGGAAAAUAGCAUCGAACGGUACCGUAUGGAACACGAGUACCAAAUACCCACUCCAGAUGAGCCACCGAAAAGACCUUUCAGGACUCGUUCGAGGACUCGCUCACAAUCCACAAGCAUUCAACAGGAAGAAGAUUUAUCUUCGAAGAGAACGGACUCUCUGGACAGCGAAUGCGUUCCAUGCGCGGAAGAACCAUGCUCAAGAGUACUUUGCGACUACAUGGGUUACUCAGUUAUAGACAAGUCAAGGAUAAGAGACCCACCAUUACCGCCAUGCGCUCCCAGACGCAAGAGAUCAGUCAAGUCAAAUGUUUCUGAGCAAGAACAGGAACGCUUUUUCACGGUUCCCAGAAGAUUAUAUAACAACGAACAGCCAAUAAGACCUCUGAGGAACUACAGUACCUUAGGACCAAGCCGACCACCCAGAAAGAGAUCCGUCCCGAAUUUAACCGACGAAGAGAAGGAAAACGUGACUGGUAGCCAAUACAUCGAAAUGGAGGAUGAUUAUCAUACGAAGAACUUGCAGUCCGGAGAUGUUAUUCAAAAGAUGAGGGACAGACCACUACCGGCGCCACCUCGACCUCCCAGAAGAGGGAAAGACGUGCAAAGAGCACCACUAAGAGAUAUUACUCCAGAGAAAAAUCUGCAAGAAGCGGAGGUUUCAGUUCAAACAGAACCCUUACCCGAUGACUUCGUUUGCGAAGAAUUGGUACACGAGGAACACGACAAGGUGAUUACUCCUAGUGUGGAUAAGAAACCGAUCAGGGAAUUCGAACAUCAAGAGACCAUUACACAUGGAGCUCUGAUAGUGCAACCUUUCAGUGGAGAAAUAGAAGAAACGCCAAUGGAAACUUUCUCAAAGUCAACUGAACGUAUCAUAACAAUCCGAAGAGAAGUCGAUGAGGAUUCCGAAAUCCCCGAAGAGUUUAAGUUACUACAAUCUCCGGCGGUCAUAGAGAGAAUAAUCGAGAGACACGUCCCCACCCAGUUGGAGCCAAAUCAAGAAGUUGAAUUGCUGAAGACACAAAAGUUACAGGUUGCCGAUUUGGAUGUGGACAGGUUGGCUGUAAAUGAAUUACAUGCGAGCAAGAUUAAAGUCGGGGAAAUCGAGAGCAGCAGUAUUAACGUGAACGAAAUAAACAGCAAUUCUGGUAAUUUGGUGGUGAGCGGCAUAGAGUUGCCACCGAGCUUCUUCAGGGAGUUGGUGGAGAAGCUGCAGGAGCAGAAGGAGAAAGACGAAGCCGAGAAAGCCGAACAAAAAAAAACUCCGAUUGAAGAAAACGUAGCGCCCCAGAAACCGCCCCGCACCUUUGAGCCAGCAGAGAAAGUCCCGGAAAGAGUGCAGGAACACAUCUACGAACCCAUAGAUGAAGAGGAACCUUCGGUAAGUAAGGAAAGCAAGCCACAAGAUAUUGUGGAGGAAACACAUGAAGAAAUUUCAGAAACUGUAGAUGCGAAAGAAGUGGAAACAGUAGAGACCACUGUCGAACAAGUCGAUGAGGCGUGCAAAGAGGAAAUUUCUCCUAUUUACGAGGAGAUUAAAACACAGGAAACACCGCCUCCUAGACCACCACAGCCUGCCUUGGAUCCCAUUUACCUCCCUUCGCAACCGCCGCCGAGCUUUUACGCUUUGCGCUCACCGCCAGUAGCAUUCAAAGACUUUGACAUUGACGAUGACAUUCCUAUGGCACCACGAAGACGUCGUCCACACAAGGCUGCAGUACCAUCGGUGUCCAGCAGCGAAGACGAGGCGGCGGCACCUCCCUCGAGGAGAAGACACCGGACGCCGGAACCUUCGAUUCCUCAGCUCACUGGUCAGCUGACCAGGGCUUGCGUGACCGCUGCUGAUCAACAGCUGAAGAGACUUCUGCGGCACCUCACACAGUUGAUCAUCGGUCAUUCGAUACCCGGCCUCGAUGGUAAACAGGAUGUCAACGUGGCCGUCGUCGUUCUCUUGGUCCUCGUGGCAAGUAUCAUACUGCUGGGAUGGGGCAACGGCAAGAACGUUCAUCAUCAUCACUGGGAAUACUUCAAUCCUCCAAAGGAUAUUUAAUCCUCACUCUAUCUCUCUAUUGCUCAUUUCAUUACAUUUUAGCUCUAUCCUUAUCUAGUCAUAACACACAAAAUAACAAAAAAAA